AUGGCAGGUUCUUUACCUCUAGAAAUUGGAAAUCUAAAGGCUGCGAUACUGAUAGAUCUGUCAAUGAAUAAAUUUUCAAAUAGAAUUCCAAGAGAAAUUGGAGGAUUGCAGAAUCUGGCACACCUUUCUUUGAGACACAAUAAGUUGCAAGGAGCUAUACCUGACUCAAUGAGCAACAUGGUAGGUUUGGAAUUCCUAGAUCUUUCUCAUAACAAUAUAUCUGGAAUCAUUCCUAAGUCUUUGGAGAAACUUCAAAACCUGAAGUAUUUCAAUGUUUCUUGGAAUAAAUUGUAUGGUGAAAUACCCUCGGGAGGUCCUUUAAAGAACCUCUCGAGUCAGUUUUUCAUCUACAAUGAAGCAUUGUGUGGUUCUUCAAGAUUUGGUGUCCCUCCAUGCCCCACUUCAUCAAAGCAUAGAUCUAAAAGGAAAAAAGUGCUUGUUAUGUUUCUUUUGCUGGGAAUUGCACUAGUAUUUGUUCCUAGCAUCUUUGUGUUUUUAUGGAUAAGGUAUAGAAGAGGUAAAAGAGCUCCUCAACAACCUGAUUCAUUGGCUUUCAUAACAAGAGAAAGAAUUUCAUACUAUGAACUGCUCCAAGCAACUGAUGCGUUUAGCGAUAGUAAUUGGAUUGGUUCCAGAAGUUUUGGCUCUGUUUACAAAGGCGUUCUCAGAAGUGGAACUGCUAUUGCAGUUAAAGUGUUCAAUCUGUAA